AUGGCACUUAUCACCUCCCCUGUUGUUUUUAAUACCAGAUCCUUACCCUGGUCAUGUCGAUGGGCGUGGCUACGCGUGCUUGGGGCUCCUGUCUUUCUUAUCACUGUGAUACAAAUAUGGAUUUAUACCUCGAGACAUCGUGACCCGAACCCCAUCCGCACGACCUCCCCUCCAUUACAUCGUCCUGGUAUCCUUCGACCGGGUCAGUAUGUGGAAACCGAGGAUCGGUCUGUCCAGGAUAAGGCUGUCGACGAGGGCACGCAGAAGCAAGGUGAGGAUAUUGAUGAGAGGGACAACCGCUUCUACCUCGGCGGCACCCUAACCCUAACCAGCACCUCCCGCGAAGAAGACCCGUCCCACCCGGCUCCACUCAUCUACGACCCCUAUCCAGCAUAUAAUACCCAGGAAUGGAAUCGGGAAUCCCACGGCCAUUUCCAGCCCUGUCUGGGGCCGCGCGGCCGCAACCUAGACCACAACAACCCCGAAGACAUGGUCCACGUCUACAAGGGCAGGCAGACUUCAUUCCCAGUACCGCGAUUCGGGUCCUACGAGGCCCUCGGCCUCGACGGCGAUGUAUGCACAGAUCGCUACUCACGCUACGGGGUCUACGGGUACGAAGAAGACAGCGAAGACGACGUCCCGGGCUUCACGCGCCCGGCCGCUGUGCCCUGGGACGAGGUCGACUGGUACCAGCUGCAGGCCAGCUGCUAUGAGCGCAAUGCCGGCCGCUAUAAGCCCAGAAACGGAAUGAACAUUUCCAUGCAACGGCCCCUCACGAUGCCGCUGAAUGAGCCGCCUUCUGCAGUUCACCAGGACCAGGAGGGUCAGGAGGGCCAGGAGGAGAAGGAGGAGAUGAAGGUGAAGAAAAAGCCUGGUUUCGCGUCGGACAUGCGGAAGCGCUUCCAUUCUCGCUCUGCUGUGGUGAUCCGCGCCUGGCAUGAUAUACAAUGGACGCCAGAUCACUGCCGGUAUCUGCGCUCGUUGAUUAUGGAGCUGGCCUUGCAUUCGGGGGCUGAGUAUGAGGUCUUUCUUUUGGUUCACGUCAAGGACGAUGAGCUGCCGAUCUUUUCGGACCAGGAGACUCUUCUUAAGCUCAAGGAGGCUAUUCCGUCCGAGUUUCGCAGUAUGGCCCUGUUCUUCAAUAACAAACUGCUCGAGGCGUGGUAUCCGAAGAUUCCUGAGCACAGUCCAAUAUUCCAGCAACACCAACCCAUCCAGAUCUUCUCCCAACUUUACCCCAACUUCGACUACAUCUGGCAAUUCGAGAUGGACGGCCGCCUUACAGGACACAGCUACCACUUCCUGGACCGGGCGAUCGAAUUUGCCAAAAAGCAACCGCGCAAAUACCUCUGGGAACGCAACGCAUACUUCUACACGCCCGGCGCGCACGGAUCCUGGGAGAACUUCACGCAAACCGUCGACGAGCGCCUCCGUAACGUCUCCAACAACACAAUCUGGGGCCCGAUCCCAGGCACCGGGAUCCAGCCACUCGGCCCGGAACCACCAGUCCCGCACCCGGACAACGAUAGCUACACCUGGGGCGUCGGUGAAGAAGCCGACAUCAUCACCUUCCUACCGAUCUUCAACCCGCAGGACACGCAGUGGACGUUCCCGGACAAAAUCUGGAACUUCGAGUCCGGGCUCGAAACGCCGCGUCGCGCCGCCGUCAUCACGAUGGGCCGGUACUCGCGGCGGCUGCUGGAUCUGAUUCACCACGCACAGGCGACGCGCGGGCUGGGGCUGGUCUCAGAGAUGACGGGCGUGACGUGGGCGCUGUUUCAUGGGCUGAAGGCCGUGCAUGUGCCGCAUCCUAUCUAUGUGGAUGGACUGUGGUCGCCGCGGGAGCUGGCGCGCAUCUAUAACCCCGGCACGCCGGAGAAUGUCAAUGGCGGGCCCGAUAGUAUCAUGAACUGGGAUGACCACUUUCAUUAUAUUAUGUAUCGCCUCUCGUACAUGUUUACGAGUCAUACCGGCGAGGAUCUGUACAGGCGCUGGCUUGGGUAUAGGACUGCGGAGCAGGAAGAGGCUGAGAAGAGGUCCGAGGAAACGAGCUAUGGUCGCCACUGCUUCCCGUCGAUAUUUCUUCAUCCCGUCAAGAACGGGGAAAAAAUCAUGGGGCCGAACAAGGCAGUUCCGUGA